CAGUGUGCUGUAUUCACUUCCGUAAACAAGCCGUUCUCUUCCUCUUGUGAACACACGCGCUUGCAUAUUUACGGCAUAGUGGGGCAAUUCUUUUCCAAACACUGCAAUAACUUUACAAAAACCAUUAACAUUUUCCUUACACAUUCGAUUGUUAAUGAAUUUACGUAGUCACGUAACAAAAGCAACUGUUUGCAUGAGCGCAGUGAAAUAUGGAGAUAGACGGUCGGGACUUUUUGAACACUCCUCCUGUUAAGACUGUCAGAUUCGGAGGCAAUGUUGUGGAAACUCUAGCUAAACAUAAUCAGGGAGACUCAAGUGACUAUGAGCUGCUGAAACAUCAGCUGGCUGAUCCUGACAUUAAGGAUGCUCAGAUCAUCAACUGGCUACAAGAAUUUCGGACUUCUGUGACCCAGCUAACUAAGCACCAUGAACAGCUCAUCUAUACUAUCUUAAGGCUUCCAUGGGUGGGCCGGAGCCAGGCUGUGGUGGAGGAGUACCUGGCCUUCCUCGGUAACCUGGUCUCAGCACAGACUGUCUACCUGUGUGCUUGCCUCAAGAUGGUGGUCUCCCACUUCACCCCCAAGAGAGUCACUGUCUGUGAAGAAGGGGUUGAUAUCUCUGAUUCAGAUGAUGAAGAUGAAAACCUCCCCAGAAACUUUGAUCAGUGUCACCAGGCGUUGCAGCUCAUCACCAGAUACGUUCCAUCCACGAGUCGCUUUCUGGUGCCGAUUCUGCAAGAGAACUUUCCCUUUGUGCAGAAAUCCUCCAGAACACUGGAGUGUUACGUCCACAACCUCCUGAGGCUGACCAUGUACAUACCGUCAAUUCGACGGGACGUACUGGAGCUGAUCGUCGGAAAAAUGCUCAAACUGGAUGUGAGUGCAUCGCGCUCAGACAUUGAGGAGGCAGAAGACAACGCAGUGCAGACCCAGCGGACAGAGGAGCACACUGAGGAAGGACUCUUCCACAUGGAUGAGGACAUGUCAGCAGAUCGCCCCCCCAGGCCCUCUGUGAUGGCCCACCCUGUGGCUGACAGGCUGGACACUCUCAUGGCUGUUCUGUUGGCUUAUAUCAAGGAUGUCUGCCACGUCAAGGGCUCCCUUGAUGUGGACAGGACAAAGGAUCUGUACCGAGAUUUGUUGAGUGUAUUUGACAAGCUCAUUCUACCAACACACGCUUCCUGUCAUGUCCAGUACACACUCUUCUACCUCUGCAGCUUCAGAGUGGCGUUAGCCGAGGCCUUCCUGGAUCACCUGUGGAAGAUCCUGCAGAGCCCCUCUCAGCCUGCCGUCCUCCGCCAGGCUGCUGCCGGAUACCUGGGGAGCUUCCUGUCCCGAGCCAAGUUCAUUCCUGUGCUCACUGUGCGGGCCUGUCUGGACCUGCUGCUCGCCUGGAUCCAUCGCUACAUUGACAGCCAGGACGGCAGCGGCAGACAAGCUUGCUGUGACAUCAGCCUGCACGGGCCCUUCUACACCGCCUGCCAGGCCGUCUUCUACACACUCAUCUUCAGACACAGAGGCAUGCUGGAGGGCAACAUGAAGAAAGGUCUGGAGUACCUGCAGGGUCUGAACCUGGAGCGGGUGGUGAUGUGUCAACUGAACCCCCUCAAAGUCUGCCUGCCUGCAGUCACCAGCAUGUUUGCUGCCGUCACCAGGACGUAUCAGGUGGUGUUCUGCUACACCAUCAUAGAGAGGAACAAUCGCCAUGUGCUGCCGGUAGUCCGCAGCUCUGCGGGGGGAGACAGUGUGACCACCAACACUAACCCUCUGGACAGCUUCUUCCCCUUCGACCCCUACCUGCUCAACAGGUCUAGUCAGCUGAUUGAGCCUCUGUACCAGGUGUGGGAGGAGCUAUCAGAUGCAGAGCAGCUUCCCACAGGACAGCAGGGCUCGAGGGAGGACGAGGAUGACUUCCUGUGUGGCGAGACGCCGCAGACCGAGGGCAUUGUGGGAAUCACACCCAGCUCCUACGACUCGAGCCUCCGCAGCCCGAGUGCCGUGGGUUCACCCCCUUUCGCCUUCCAGAGACUCUGAUCAAGCACAUUUCAUUUAUAAAGAUUCAAACCGAAGAACACAGGAACUUGAAGAGAUGUGACUGAUCUGUAGUCACACAAGAAUACUCAUCUGUGUAAAUAAAUAAAGUUCCGUGUUUAACUUCAGGGAGUUAUACUGCAGACAGUCUGAUUCAACAUGUUUCAAGGUGUGAUUAAUCACAGUUCAGGCCAUGUUGGUGCGUGCAAAAACAUUGUAGAAACUCCAAUCCUUCCCCAGGGAGUAUGGGAGAAUUAAAUUGCAAAUUAUAUUUUACAAUAUAAUUAUACAGUUAAUCUUAAACCACAGCCUGUUAGAAAGGAUUGAAAGUAUAGGGUCACAUGUUUUAAUGUCUGUACAUUGAAAGCAUAGUUGGUCACUUUACAUAAUGAGGCCUCAGCAGUCUGGGAUCUUAAGAGUUGAAGUCUUGGUUGUGUUUCUAUAAGUUGUUUUUAAACAGACAGAAAAAUGGGAAGUUAUUCUUUAAAAACAGAAUAUUAUUAUAGUAUUAGUUUGUUUUCUUAUGUUUCUCUUUAUUUGUGUGGGCUGUCAUUGAGGUUUCUGUAGAUUAAAGUUCAUUCAUGUUUCUUUCCUCUUGAAA